ACGUACUCGUUCGCUUCGUCCACAUAUCUGACAAUUAGAAAUUUUUAUUUUUAUUUUUAUUCUUCCUUGUAUAUCGUGUUUGAUAGUGAUUGCAGAUUAUGUAGAAUUUUGAUAACGUCAUAAUCAAAGAUAUUGAUCGAGAUAUGACAUAAAAUUUCAAGAUUGUGAUAACAGAAUAUUAUAUUUAAUUCAACGAUUUAUGUAUAACAAUGGAAUAACUGGAAAAUGUAACGUUAGGAACUUAUGAAAUAGUAAAAGAUUUGUUGAGAGAGAGAGUUUCGAUAACAUCUAAAAAUCAUAAAAGUUAUCUGUGCCUUUUUCAAUUUUUCUUAUUGCUCAAAUCAAACUUUAUGAUAAAAAUUGAUAUAGAAUUUAAUUAGUCAAACUUACAUGUCAUGAAGUAAUAAUUCGAAUGCAGAAGCUGCUUAUUGUUCACGUUUAACAUUUGGUGUUACAAUAUAAAGAUGUUUGUUAAGGAAACAAUUGUCAAUACUUUCCUGCAAAAACAGGAAAUAUAAGCUUAAUACAUUUCGCUGAAUUAUAUAAUCCGUACGACACAAAAGCAGGAAAAUGAUAAAUAUGAUAAUCCUUUUGGUUCGAUAACGCGUAUAAAAGCGGAUUGGAGUUUGAUUGAAACAUCAUUUAGACGGGCGAGAAAGGUGUUAAUAUAACGAUACAUCUUUUCUUUUUCAACAUCUCGAGCUGACUUGACAAUAGACGAUGAGGGGAAUAUACGUAAUUGCCAUCGCUAUCCUGGCAUGUUGGACUGAAGUUACUGCGAAGGAAUAUCAACCUGAACAGUCAAUUCCGAAGGAACCUGAACAGUCAAUUCCGAAGGAACAAGAUUACAUUCCGAUAAAAUGCCCAUUCCCAGAGGACGACAAGACCACCAAUAUCGCACAUGAAUCCGAUUGCACCAAGUUCUACAAAUGCAAUUUCGGUAAAGGAGUCUUACAAUAUUGCCCUCUAAUGAACGUCGGAGACCCGCAUACGAGAUUGCACUUCAAUAGACGCGAACAGGUCUGCGAUUGGCCGUCGAGAGCCGGUUGCGAACAUUGUCCCUUAAAGGAAAAGGGCUAUUGGCCGCGGUCCAAAAUAUCUCACGAAACAAAUUGUCGCAUGUAUUACUUAUGCAUAAACGGCAAAAAAUAUUUGCAACAUUGUCCUCCUGGCACGUGCUUCAGUCGCACAUGCCAGGGUUGUGUUAGAAAUUGGGCGGGUGGAAAUUGUAAUUAUUGAUAGAUACGCAGGAUGGUGAUAAAACCUCUCACGAAUGUAACUGCGAUAUGUGUUAUGAUGAUUAUGGCUAUUAUUUACUGUCUUGUGAUCUUCACUUUGAUCGUACCAGUAAGAGAUGCACUAAUUCCUGACGUGGCUAAGCGAUUCGAUAUGCUUUUCCGCACUGCAAAAUUAGGAAGACUAACAUAUUCGUUCGAAAAAUACCCAAAAAUAAUAAAUACAACCAAAAAUAAUCUUGGCUGAGUGAGGCUUUACUUCGUAAAACUAUGUGAAAGAGCCAUGUUCGUGUCAGACUACCGAAUACUAAUUAUCUAAAUAAACUCAGUAGAUAAAAGAUUCCUUGGAAUGAUUUUAUCCCUCUACAGAAGGAUUGAAAGGGGGCUCAUAAUGAGCUGAAGAAAAAUGAAGCGUACGCCACGAGUACACCGAGACAAAUUUUCAUCGGAUAUAAAUAUAAUAUUUCCGAUGGUCAAUUUUUCCGAUUGAAUUUUCCGGUUAAAUUAUUUCUUUGCGUUGGAUAUGUCCGAAUGAAAUUUGAUGAAAAGACUGAUCAUGUUCUUCGUCGGAUAAUUACAAUAUUACAAUUUAAUCGGACGCCUUUCUCAGUAUAAUAGAAAUAUAAGCAAGCUUGUUUCCAUCAACUCCAUUUGUAUUAAGGUAAUAUGAAGAUAUAGACAUCUGAAGUAGGUAGAUAUUAUACCCGAGGUUAAAAGGUGAUUUUCGCGCGCUGCAGAGCAAAGGAGCGGUCUAUUUUGCUGGAGCUGUUUUGUACUGACGUAUUCUUACGAGCUGCCCGCCUGGCCCGUAUCUCAGAUGCAAUCAGUUCCAACCGCGAAAGAAUGAGUGGAUUGCAUGUCGGCUACCCGCGUUACCGCUUGUAACAUGCGCGAAUUAUGUAAGUACCGAAUCGCGCGCGUGUGCCAACGCGAGCGUGUACGCACUAUUAUUAUUGUGCGAUAGUGUAUCUACAUUAGACGAUACAUACCUAUAGUGUCUAUCUCACCUCUCACUUCUUUUCCUUUUCUCCGCAUACUCAUGCUUGAUUUAUGUGAUACCCCGCGUGUUUGCCAUAACUUAGGACGGAAAGCCUUAGAGCAGAAUAUCGAGAGACUUUUCGUGGAUGUUUGUAAUAUCCACAUUAAUUAGGAGCCUGUGAGAAAGUGACAAUACGGAUUGGUAAAAGCCACAACCUUCUUGCCUCAAUUUUAAGUUGUACUCUGAUAUAAUCCAAUAUGGCGCAAUUAUUUCCUUAAUUAAAAUAUGUAGUAUGUGUGCAUGUACGUAUAUCGGAUAAUAUUUUUAUCUGGAGCCGAAUGCUCCAAAGAUAGGCGCCGUUUAUACGCGGUAAAUGCGCGCGUCUUGCUUUUCGAGAGAACCGGCGUUUUACACCGCUACGGGAUAUUGGGUAGAAAAAGCGCUGGCAGUAUAGCGAGUUUUACGACGAAACGCGUAACGGCAGUACAUUUAAAAAUAAUUGCCGCCUCGAUGGCAACGAUUAAUGCUAUUGCCAGAAUUAAUUAUUGUGGCGGUAGCUUAUUAGAUAUUUUUAUUACCGCUCGUUAAACGCGCGCACGCGAACGUGUACGAGAGACUUGCUCUCGGUACACAUUCUCUGCAAAUGAUAUCAUUCGAAAGUUUAUUUUUACCAAACGCACGUUUUGUUCAAGGGGCUAACACACAGCAAGCUAACGCUCGCUUAUCGUUCCCGCUGACAGCUUUACAGUUUCGAGCCCCGUUGUUCCUAAGCCGGGGACGCUUGUAUACACAAAAGGGACAAAAGAGGAAACAAUUUAAUUGUCAACGGAAAAAAUGUUACUAUUUCGUAGCGAUAGAUAUAAACAGACACUACACCGGCGAUCUCCGAUAAGGCAAACGGCCAUUUCUUUUUAAUGACAUUCGUUGCACCGUACGUCACCCCCUCUGUCUCGAGGCAAUUAGUAGACGAACUUUUGUGAUAUCUCCCGCCGAUAAUCUCCGGCAACAUGAGUAACGUUUAAGCGUUUCAUAAUGUUAAGAGGAACUUCUUUUUCUUCGCUAUUGAUACACUAUGAAAUUUGGACAAGUACCUUAGAUUUGAUAAUUAGUUGAUAGGAGAAAGAAUUUGCGACAAUGGAAUAAUCUCGCGCAACAAAUGUGCCAAUAAUAUUCAUUUGUUUUGCAAGUAAUAUAACCUUAGUGGAAUAUAAACACGUUAGACAGUUAUAAAUAGGAUACUCAUAACUGCGGGCGUCGGGUUCGUUAAAUGAAUCAGCGCCACACUUCUCACGCAUUAAUUUAGUAUUGUGUUUCUUCUGAUAAAUAUCAGAUGCGCACCUUUGUUUAAUAAAGCGCGUUCAAUCGCGUUUAAUAAAGUUCACCUUUUUAAAAUAUAUAAGAGAAAAGUUUAACUUUAGAAUAUAUAAAAAAGGUCGAAUAGAUUUCUAAUGAUUCGUUAAUUCUCCCGUGGUCGU